CUGCUGCUCCCCUGCCCUGCCCCGAGGGGACACUGAACGCCUUGGAGGGGGCCCUGGCCCUCGCUGCCUGUAAGCUGUGUCCUGUGGGGAGGUACUGCAGAGGAGAUGCUAACUGGGAACCUGAUGGUCUGUGUUCAGCUGGGUACUACUGUGAGGGGGGAGCCACGGAUGCUGUUCCACACGGGACUCCUGGGUUCCCCCUCAGCGGUCCCUGCCCACCUGGGCACUAUUGUCCAGAGGGAACUCCCUUCCCAGUUGCCUGCCCGGUCGGGACCUUGAACAACAGCACAGGUGGUAGCUCUCCAGAGAGCUGUGUGCCGUGCUAUCCUGGGUCUUUCUGCGCUAGCCUUGGUUUAAGUUCUCCAACAGGACCUUGUACUGAGGGGUUUUACUGCCCAGCAAACUUCAGCUCCUUCAGCCCCACAGCAUUCCUUUGCCCUAAGGGUCACUUCUGCCAGUCAGGGGCAGCCCAGCCAGCACCGUGCCCUCCUGGGGAAUACCAGCCAGCCAGCGGCUCUGCGUCCUGCAUUCCAUGCCAGAGAGGAUUCUACUGCCAGGACCUGGUGGCAGGAGACCCCAGGCGCUGCCCACCUCAUUCUUACUGCCCCCCAGGCACACGGUUUCCUCAGACCUGUCCUGAAGGCACCUUUACUCCUCCAAACAUGACUGGCCUCUGGAAUGAGAAGGAAUGCCUGCCUUGCUUACCUGGCCACUACUGCAGGCAUGGGCAGCUGGAGGGCAAGUGUGCUGCUGGCUACUUCUGCCUCGCUGGGAGCUCGCAGUCUGCUCCACAGGGCCCUGGCUUUUCCUGGCGCUUUCUGUCUGGAUGCCGCUGGGGCCAGGUGUGUGCUGGGCUGUGUCCUGCAGGUUUCUAUUGCCUGGAGGGCUCUGAGGUGCCCACACCAUGUCCUUCCAAUACUAUCAGAGAUGUUCCAGGGGCUGGGCGGAAAGAAGACUGCCUGCCCUGUCCACCCGGCCGCUGGUGCAAAGCAGGGGACUCAGAGGCUUAUCCAUGUCCCUCAGGACACUAUUGCCUUGGAGGUAAAGUCAGUGACCAAAGCAGUCUCCUGGCACCUCAGAAAUGCCCUCCGCACACUUACCGCAAACACCCUGGAGCUCAGAGUGUGGCAGAUUGCCAGCCGUGUCCUCCGGGCUAUCACUGCCCUUUAUCAGGUCUGACCAGGUUUGAGGAUUAUCCAUGCCCCCUGGGAUACUGGUGCCCUGGUAAAGGGGACGCUUUCCUUUGUCCACCUGGUACUUCCAGGAGCCAGCCUGGUGCAAAAUCACUGGAAGAGUGCGAUCCCUGCUCACCUGGAUACUAUUGCCCAGACCCAGCACACACAGGGCUACCUAACAGCCAAGGAGUACCUUGUAAACCUGGAUUUGAAUGCCCAGCAGGUUCAGUGAAUCCAAAGCCUUGCAGGCCUGGCUCAUACUGUGGUGCUCACACAGCCAUGCCUUCCAUGUGCCCUGCUGGAUAUUACUGUCCUGAAGGCUCAUCAACCUACAAUAGCCCUGAGCAGCUGUGUGUGUUUCCCUACUACUGCCCCCCAGGCAGUGCCCAUCCACUGCCUUGUGAAGGAGGAUUCAUGGCCCUCAGCUUGCCUGGUCCAAGGGAUUCAUCUGAGAAAUUCUGCAGAAUCUGUGACGCAGGCAGCUAUCGUAAUGUCUCUGCCAGCGCUGCCCCCUGUCAGCCCUGCCCAGCAGGCUUCAUCUGCCCACAAGGCAGUGAAAGUUACCACGACAAGUCUUGUCCCAGUGGCUACUACUGCCCUCCCCUGGCAUCUGCCCCCCUUCCCUGUCCGCCAGGGACCCAUGGGAGCAACAACUUUGCAAAGCAAAUAGAGGAUUGUCAGCCCUGUCCUGCUGGCACCUUCAACCACCUUCCUGCUCAGGCUGCCUGUUUUCCCUGCGGCAGCUCUUCUUCGUCACAGCCUGGUGCUACCAGCUGUACCUGCCAUGGGCUGAACCGGGCUUUCCAGCAGUCCGAUGCCUCCUGUAUCUGCCAGGCAGGUUACGUGUACUACGAUGAGCGAGGCAAGGAAAACCCUGACAGCAACAGCGAUCAAGACUGCCUACCUCAGGUGGACGAGCUCUGUGCUCCUGGAGAGGUUCGUCUGGCAUCUACGCGCCAGUGCGUUUUUCCCGAGAGAUAUGACUGCUCUCCAUCCUGUGGGCCUGCAGGUGGAGAGAUUAAUGCAGAGCUGGGCAUAUGUCACUGCAAGCAGUAUGUCUCAGCGGAGGAGCUCUGUGACCAGUUGUGUUUGCUGAAAGCCCCACGGAUCUCCUUGAGAUUUGGCAUCAAGAGAGAACUGCUUCUGAGGAUGAAUGAGGGAGAAGUCAGGGAGGUGGCAAAUGUUCUGGGCCCGGACAGCCAUGUGCAGAAGAGCCAGCGGGUGCAUUUGGUUCUGUUUAGCCCUGGUGGAGUGCUAGGUUUUAUUGUCUCCAGCACAGAUGUUUUGGAUGCGUUUCUCACAGGCAAUUUUUCAUCAGAUCAAGUGCUGCAGAAAGGUUAUGAAGAGCAGAGGGCUUUCUUCAAAGAUACCCAUGCUUUGCCCCUCGUCCCUAACCCACUGGUAUGUCUGGAAGCAGGAGACACAAUCCUUUUCCAGCUUCGGAUCGAUUUUCACAAUCGCACAUCCAGCCAUUACCCAGUUUAUCAGAAGCAGCAUCUUUACAACAGCAACCCCAGCUGGGAUUUUGGACCCUUCCGAAGGCUAGACCACCUCGUCCAGGAGACUCGCCUCAACAUCUCCUGGUUUGCCCAUGUUUUCCUGGAAUCUGGGACAUAUGUUUUCAGGGAUAGGACCAUUCAGGAACACUUCUUGAUUGUGACUGUGAAUGAAGCAAAUGUGGGCUGCGGCCCCAGAAAUGUGUCCUUCCAGCCCUCUUCUCUGUUCCAGCUGGCCAGACAUGGGGUUCUGAAGCACCAGGAGCUGAACUUAGCUCCUAACUGGGCUGCUAUCACAGCGGUGCUCUUUGUUCUGGGCUUCUUAACCGUGGUGCUGACAACCCUGGCUAUUGUGCUGCAGCCCACUGUGCCCAUCCUUAACCCCCUGAAGAGCUGGAAGCCACGGUGGAGGAGCCUGGGUGAGCCACACAUCUCCCCAGAGUACGUCCUUCUCAAAGACAGCCUGCAGUACUAUCAGACGCUUGGCCCUCGUGGUUCUGGAGAAGAUGCUGGCUUUGGAGAGAAAGGAGCUGCACAUAAGGAAGAAGAGUGUUUUGCAGUGAGAGAUCUGGAGGAUUUCAGUGUUCGCACCCUGUAUGAUAAGCUGGAGGAUCAGAAUUUGCACCUGGCAUCUCAGCUGGCAAAACACAGGAUGGACGUGCUGGUGUUUUACAACGGAGUCAGGCAGCAGAUUCAAGGUCUCACGGACAUGGUGCAAGCACUGGACUCUGAAGGCCGGAAAAUCUUUGCCAGGCAAAGGAUUUGCGGGCAUAAACCUGCAGAGAGCAGCUGGGCAGCAGUGGGUGUUGAACCGUGUGAUGAGCACUGUAGCAGCAACUUCCGAGCAGUAGGGCACACAGGUGCACCAUGGCAAGAGGUAACAGAGUUAAUGAAAGCUCUGGAAAUCCUUCUUGGGAGAGCUCAGCACAAGAAUAUCUCUGUGAAACAAGAGAUGGAGCAGCAGGCCCAAGGACAGGAUGCACCAGCAGUUGUACCCUCACUGGGCAGCCUGGCAAGUGAAAGUAAUGCAGAAGUAGGGGAAGGGCAGGAUCAUGAGCUGCUUCAGCAAUAUGAGCUUUUCUGUAGAAAAGGUGCUCUUUUCAGCUUCCCUGGACAUGACGAACACAAUCCCCAGCUGGCUUACCUGUGUGAGCUGGAGGUGGAAGGCCUGAUAGCAGCUUCCCCCCUUGCCAAGACUCUGUGUGAGAUCAAGCAAGCUUUGGUGAAGCUGCAACAACCUUCAGACCGUUGUAAUCCAGGUUGUCCCUCAACUGGUAUCGGUCAUUCCUGCUUUCUGAUGGAGCUCAACAGAGCUAUCAUGGCUCUUGCCAAUGCUUUUUUCCUGCAUUCAUGGGGGAUAGCAGAGAAGCAUUCUUCAGGAGGUUGCUUAGCUGUUCAUUUUGACCCUCAGAAAGUGCUCAAAGAACUUGUCAGCAUCAGAGUAUCACCGCUCCCAUGUGUCAAGGAAAAAGCCCCAGAAGAGAGGGUGUCUAAUCUGGAAAAGUACCAGGCCCUUAAGCUGCAAGUGGAGACCCAGGACAGGAUGGAAAAUUCCCAGAAAAGUGACUACAACUGGAUGUUAGAUUCCUCUCCUGUUAAGCUGAAGGUUGCGAAACUGGAAGAGAGGCUGGAUGAGCUAAAUGAGGAGUUUUUUGACCUGACAGUACGGGCCUUGAGCAUGAAGGAAGAUGGGGAGUCGUUGGAGGAGGAACUGAGAAUGCAGGAAGAGGCAUUUACGACUGCAAGCAACAAACGAGUGUGGGGAGCUCAGCAAUAUUCGGAGCUGUUGGAUUCUUGGGCCACAAAGCGGGAUGAAGCCCUGCUGCUGGAAAUAAGGAAGAACUGCAUUGCUCGGAGGAUUGAAGAGAUGGAAGCAGAACUAUUUUAUCUUCAGCAAAGUAAAAUAGGCACCAGCCAAUUUCCUUGAGGAACCUAGCUCAUAAAUCAAUAGCUAAAGGCAGAUUAUGGGAACAUGUUUGAAUCUGUGGACAGAGUGCUUUAUCUGAAAUAUCUUGACAGAUACAUACAUAGUUGGAGUUGCACUUGGUCAAAUAUGUCAUGAAUAAUCUAUAUUCUGUUUGCUUUAAUUGGUUGAAGUACAUUCACGCUUACCCUCAGUCAUCAAUAAUUUUCUGGGCUUGAGAGGAAAGCUGAAGUUCUUAACGUUGUUUACUAAUUUCAGAGUUUUCAUUGCUAAAUCAGUAAAGCAGAAAAGAUGAGAGGCUGUGGGUCACUCCAUCUUACCAGUGUAUUCUGUACUGCCUUUUUGAUCUCUGAUAUCAAGGAUAGUUGUGAGGAUCUUUUAGGUACAGUUCAGAGCAAUACUUCAAAGCCUUGCCCAGCAUUUCUAUGCUGCCUAUGCAUGUUUUCAAUAGAAUCGUAUUGAUCUCAGUAAGGUCUGCUGGCAGAGACCUUGAAGGCCUUUAGAGGUGUGAUGUUUGGGCAAAGUAUGCUUAAAUCAUUCCCUGUAGUAGAGCAUGCAGCAAGCUGGGUAUCUGCUGGUGUCCAGUGCUCUGGGAGCUUGAUCUUUAAAUAGAGUAUAUCUUUCCUACCAUUUCUAAUCUUUUAGUCUGUCUUUAUGAUGCCAGGAGACCCUGACUGCAGAAUAGGCUUUGUUUCUGAGGAUUGAGAUUGGACUCAGCACACCUACUGUCUCUUUCUGCACAGUAUUCCUUAGCUCCAGGUGAAGCAGCAUAACAUAAACUUGCUCAUCUGUGAGCUAGCACAAUGCCUUGGCAAACCGCGUUGGUAGGCUUCAGCCAACUGUUUCCAACAGCAAAGUCUGUUCUUUUUCAUUUCAGUGUUUACUGAAUUGCUUAUGUGUGAAGAGGUUUGUGAACCCACUCCUUCCUGGUUCCAAAACACAAACCUGUGCUUACUCAUUCUGCCUUUGCAUAACCACAGAGGGUAUUAAGAGGGUGAGACCUAAGUGCCUGGGAGCUUAUACAGAAGCUCUCAGCUUUAGUUCCAUAAACUGGUGUCUCUCCUCGAUCCAGAGGAACUGCCUGUUUUUUGCCCUCACCUACUCACUUUGGUGGUUCCACAUUUUCUGAGCUUGCUCCCAGAAGCACAAGCUUUGUUGUAGUUCCUUUGCACCUUGGGAGAAUUUAGUUAUUUGCUGACACCUUGAAGGGACUUUCAGAAAAUGAGAGGAUUUUAGGAAGCAAAAUGUACCUACAUGCAACCAUUACAAAACACCGUGAUUGCCUUCUUCUGGGAUAUAUAGUAAUGAAAAGGCUGUCAUUGCUCUCCUAAUUGCUUUAUUUUCAGGUUAUCAGCAGAUAUAACAGUACGACAUUGACAUAAGUAUCUUCAGUGACUGCUGUCUGUAAUAUCCACUGGAAAAUACAGUACACAGGUGAUAGAGUUAUCUCUGUGUGCUGUGCUUCCAGCCAAUAUUUGUAAAAGGUAUGUCGGAAGGCAGUAGCAAGUGAAAUCUGACAAUUUUUUUCAUUGCAAUAGUUUUCCAAUGAAAAUAAUUACUUUUAUUUUAGAUCAGAACAAAGAUGUGUAUAUAGGGUUUUGCUGAUUUUUUUUUUCCUUUUUCCCCACUGUUGUUUUCUUAACAAGUACACUUCAGUUAUAAAUAAAUAAUUCUGUGUUUCAAAUUAUUUUUUUUCCACAAAAUAAAAGAUUAUCAAUGAAAAGA